GCGGGAAACGACCGUGCGGGCUCUGAGUCGCGCAGUAAUCUCGGGAGUGGGGGACCCUGUGUGGAGACGCUGGGAAAUGGCGGUGCAGCCGAAGGAGACGCUGCAGUUGGAGGGCGCGGCCGAGGCGGGCUUCAUGCGCUUCUUUGAAGGCAUGCCGGAGAAGCCGAGCACCACGGUGCGCCUCUUCGACCGCGGCGACUUUUACAUCGCUCACGGCGAGGACGCGCUGCUGGCGGCCCGCGAGGUGUUCAAGACCCAGGGCGUCAUCAAGUACAUGGGGCCGCCAGGGACAAAGACACUGCAGUAUGUUGUGCUUAGUAAGAUGAAUUUUGAAUCUUUUGUGAAAGAUCUUCUUUUGGUUCGUCAGUAUAGAGUUGAAGUUUAUAAGAAUAAAGCUGGAAAUAAGGCGUCUAAGGAGAAUGAUUGGUACUUGGCAUAUAAGGCUUCUCCCGGCAAUCUCUCUCAGUUUGAAGACAUCCUAUUUAGUAACAAUGAUAUGUCAGCUUCCAUUGGCAUUGUGGGGGUUAAAAUGGCUAUGGUUGACGGUCAGAGACAGGUUGGAGUUGGCUAUGUGGACUCCGUGCAGAGGAAGCUAGGGCUGUGUGAGUUCCCUGAUAAUGAUCAGCUCUCCAAUCUCGAGGCUCUUCUGAUUCAGAUCGGACCAAAGGAAUGUGUUUUACCUGGAGGAGAGACUUCCGGAGACAUGGGGAAACUGAGGCAGGUUGUUCAGAGAGGAGGGAUUCUGAUCACAGAAAGAAAGAGAGCAGACUUCUCCACUAAAGACAUUUAUCAGGAUCUCAACCGACUGUUGAAAGGCAAAAAAGGUGAACAGAUAAAUAGUGCUGUUUUACCAGAGAUGGAGAAUCAGGUUGCAGUUUCAUCAUUGUCUGCAGUAAUCAAGUUUCUAGAACUGUUAUCAGAUGAUUCAAACUUUGGACAGUUUGAGCUGACUACUUUUGACUUCAGCCAGUACAUGAGACUGGACAUGGCUGCAGUUAGAGCCCUCAACCUUUUCCAGGGCUCUGUUGAGGACAGCACUGGCUCUCAGUCUCUGGCUGCAUUACUGAAUAAAUGCAGAACUGCUCAAGGACAAAGAUUGGUGAACCAGUGGAUUAAGCAGCCCCUCCUGGACAGGAGCAGGAUAGAGGAGAGAUUAAAUUUAGUGGAAGCUUUUGUAGAAGAUUCAGAAUUGAGGCAGACUUUACAGGAAGAUUUGCUUCGACGAUUUCCAGAUCUUAACCGACUUGCCAAGAAAUUUCAGAGACAAGCAGCGAAUUUACAGGAUUGUUACCGACUGUAUCAGGGUGUGAACCAGCUCCCUAACGUCAUACAGGCUCUGGAGAAAUACCAAGGAAGACACCAGGCACUGUUAUUGGCAAUUUUUGUGACUCCUCUUAUUGAUCUUCGGUCUGAUUUUUCAAAAUUUCAAGAAAUGAUAGAAACGACUUUAGAUAUGAAUCAGGUGGAAAACCACGAGUUCCUAGUAAAACCUUCAUUUGAUCCUAACCUGAGUGAACUAAGAGAAGUAAUGGAUGGCCUGGAAAAGAAAAUGCAGUCUACGUUAAUAAGUGCAGCCCGGGGACUUGGACUGGAGGCUGGCAAACAGAUUAAACUGGACUCCAGCGCUCAGUUUGGGUAUUAUUUUCGUGUAACCUGCAAGGAAGAGAAAGUCCUGCGUAACAAUAAGAGCUUCAGCACAGUGGACAUCCAGAAGAACGGUGUGAAGUUUACCAAUAGUGAAUUAUCCUCUUUAAAUGAAGAAUAUACUAAAAACAAAGGCGAGUAUCAGGAGGCUCAGGAUGCCAUUGUUAAAGAAAUUGUCAAUAUUUCCUCAGGCUAUGUAGAGCCGAUGCAGACGCUCAGCGACGUGCUAGCCCAGCUAGACGCCGUUGUCAGCUUUGCGCACGUGUCAAAUGCAGCACCUGUUCCUUACGUACGGCCAGUCAUCUUGGAGAAAGGAAAAGGAAGAAUUGUACUGAAGGCCUCCAGGCAUGCUUGUGUUGAAGUUCAGGACGGAGUUGCAUUUAUUCCAAAUGAUGUGCACUUUGAAAAAGAUAAACAGAUGUUUCACAUCAUCACUGGUCCCAAUAUGGGAGGUAAAUCAACAUACAUUCGUCAAACUGGGGUGAUUGUACUCAUGGCCCAGAUCGGGUGUUUUGUGCCGUGUGAGGCAGCAGAGGUGUCCAUUGUGGACUGCAUCUUGGCUCGAGUCGGGGCUGGUGACAGUCAGCUGAAAGGCGUCUCCACGUUCAUGGCUGAAAUGCUGGAGACUGCAUCCAUCCUUAGGUCAGCAACCAAAGAUUCCUUAAUAAUCAUUGAUGAACUGGGACGAGGAACCUCUACUUAUGACGGCUUUGGGCUAGCAUGGGCUAUAUCAGAGUACAUCGCAACAAAGAUUGGUGCCUUUUGCAUGUUCGCGACCCAUUUUCAUGAGCUCACUGCCUUGGCCAGCCAGAUACCAACUGUCAAUAAUCUCCACGUCACAGCGCUAACUACUGAAGAGACCUUGACUAUGCUUUACCAAGUGAAGAAAGGUGUCUGUGAUCAGAGUUUCGGGAUUCAUGUGGCUGAGCUCGCUAAUUUCCCUAGGCAUGUAAUAGAGUGCGCCAAGCAAAAAGCUCUGGAGCUCGAGGAGUUCCAGAACAUUGGGACUUCCCAGGGACGGGAUGAAAUGGAGCCUGCCACAAAGAGGUGCUGCCUGGAAAGAGAGCAAGGUGAGAAGAUUAUUCUGGAGUUCCUGUCCAAGGUAAAGCAAGUGCCCUUCACCGACAUGUCGGAGGAGAGCAUCACACAGAAGCUAAAGCAGCUGAAAGCCGAGGUGCUUGCAAAGAACAAUAGUUUUGUAAAUGAAAUCAUUUCCCGGAUAAAGGCUACGUGAGCAU